UGAAAUCCUUACCGGAAACCCUUGCCCUGAUACGGCUAACCAAACUAGCUUAACCUCACCGCUUUUAGCUAUCCAUGACAGCGGCUCAGGGGUGUCGUUGUUGUUGUUUUUAUUAUCUAAAUCGGUAACUUAGUCACGUUUUAGCCGCCGAAGAGACUCCUUUGCUUUAAAUUUCCUCCAGGAUGAUUCCUACGGAGGAUGCGUCCGCCAGGAAGCGGGAGAUCGAGGAGAAACUGAAGCAGGAGCAGGAGACGCUGUCGUUCAUCCGGGAGAACCUGGAAAAGAGCGAUCAGCUGACCAAAAACAUGGUCUCCAUCCUGUCUUCGUUCGAGAGCCGCCUGAUGCAGCUGGAGAACUCCAUCAUCCCGGUUCACAAGCAGACGGAAAACCUGCAACGGCUGCAGGAGAACGUGGACAAAACUCUGUCUUGCAUGGAUCACGUCAUCAGCUACUACCAUGUGGCCAAAGACACGGACAGGAUCAUCAGAGAGGGACCUACGGGCAGACUGGACGAGUAUCUUGCUUGCAUUGCAAGAAUUCAGAAAGCUGUCGAAUACUUUCAAGACAACAACCCAGACAGCCCUGAGCUCAACACAGUGAAAGCACGCUUUGAAAAGGGGAAGGAGCUGCUGGAGGGCGAAUUCCGCAGCCUCCUGACCCGCUACAGCAAACCUGUUCCCCCCAUCCUCAUCCUGGACGCCAUCAGCGUGGAUGAGGAGCUGGAGGUCCAGGAGGAUGUGAUGCUGGAACACCUGCCCGAGGCCGUGCUCCAGGACAUCAUCUGCAUCGCCGGCUGGCUGGUGGAAUACGGACGUAAUCAGGACUUCAUGAACGUCUACUUCCAGAUCCGCUCCAACCAGCUCGAUCGCUCCAUCAAAGGCCUCAAAGAGCAUUUCCGCAAGAACAGCGCCUCCUCCGGUGUCCUCUACUCGCCUGCCGUGCAAACCAAGCGCAAGGACACGCCAACUAAAAAGGCCCCGAAGAGACCAGGGACCAUUCGCAAGGCUCAGAACCUUCUGAAACAGUACUCACAGCAUGGGCUGGAUGGGAAAAAGGGGGGUUCUAACCUCACUCCUUUGGAAGGUUACGAUCACGACCUGCGGGUCAAACACCUCUCUGACGCCUUGACCGAGAAGCACGGGGCCGCCACAGGAAAGGAUGAUGUCCUGGAUAUCGAGAUCGACUCUUACAUCCACUGCAUCAGUGCCUUCGUCAAGCUGGCUCAGAGCGAGUAUCUGCUUCUGGCGGAGAUCAUCCCCGAGCACCACCAGAAGAAGACCUUCGACUCCCUCAUUCAGGAGGCGCUGGACAACCUGAUGCUGGAGGGAGAAAACAUUGUGGCUGCAGCUCGCCGGGCCAUAAUGCGACACGACUACUCAGCUGUCCUCACCAUCUUCCCCAUCCUCAGACACCUGAAGAUGAACAAGUCUGAGUUUGAUACCACGCUGCAGGGCACGGCGGCGAGCACCAAGAACAAGCUGCCCACCCUCAUCACCUCCAUGGAGACGAUCGGAGCCAAAGCUCUGGAGGAGUUUGCAGACAGCAUCAAGAAUGAUCCUGAUAAGGAGUACAACAUGCCCAAGGACGGGACGGUCCAUGAACUGACCAGCAAUGCCAUCCUGUUCCUGCAGCAGCUGCUGGACUUCCACGAGACAGCUGGAGCCAUGCUGGCCUCACAAGUACUGGGGGACACUUACAAUAUACCUUUAGACCCCCGAGAGACGAGUUCGGCCACCAGCUACACCUCCGACUUCAACAAAAGGCUCCUCAGUAGUUACAUAUGUAAGGUUUUGGGGAACUUGCAGCUAAACCUGCUCAGUAAAUCCAAAGUGUACGAGGAUUCGGCUCUGAGUGCCAUCUUCCUGCACAACAACUACAACUACAUCCUCAAGUCGCUGGAAAAGUCUGAGCUGAUCCAGCUGGUGACGGUGACUCAGAAGCGAGCGGAGACGUCCUACAAAGAGCUCAUGACUCAGCAGAUCGAAACAUACCAGCGCAGCUGGCUGAAAGUCACCGAGCACCUGACAGAAAGGAACAUGCCCGUCAUACAGCCCGGCACCAAGCUGAAAGAUAAAGAGCGACAAGUGGUUAAAGACAAAUUCAAGGGCUUCAAUGAUGGUUUGGAGGAGCUGUGUAAGAUCCAGAAGGGUUGGGCCAUCCCGGACAAAGAGCAGAGAGACCUCAUCCGGCACAAUCAGAAGAAGGUGGUGUCUGAUGCCUACAGAGCCUUCCUGCAGAGAUGUGCCAACAUUUCCUUCACCAAGAACCCCGAGAAGUAUCACAAGUAUCGACCGGAGGAGGUGGAGGAGAUGAUCGAAAAGCUGUUUGACACAUCCGCCUGAGGAGUCUCCUCUUCCCCACCCCAAAGAAACACGGGCUGCUACGCCUGAACCCCCCCGCCCGCGCUGCUCUCAGCCUUGUAGUGUCUAAACAAUGUUUUGUACAAAGACGUGAACUUACGUAUUUAUGUAAUUUAGCCACUCCAGCUCAACAUUUCAGACAAAUAAAAAGGGAACUCUGACCGAA